AAUUAAUAAAACUGUGAACCCUUUAUUUCUCUCCUCUCAUCGUGUUUCACUCGCCUCUGAUCGAUUCAUUCAUUCUCAGAGAGAGACCUAUUUUGACAUUUAUUUUACCAUCAAAUCUCUCUACUUUUUUCCUCAGAUUGUCUCCUCUCCCGGACAUGAACCCUUGAAACGACAGCGUUUUGUAACCCAAAAACACCAGUCGACGCAUUUGGACCUUCCUUCGCUUUUCUUCUUCUUCCUCCGCUUCUCUUUUACCGAUUUCGAUUUCCCUCACAAUGCCAUAAGGGUUUUCAUUCUCUCUCUCCCUACAAAAUCUUAAUUUUUAACCCCAAAAAAAAAACAAACCCUAAUUUUAAUCUCUCUCUCUCUCGCGCUCUUUUGAUUUCCCGAUGGGUUCCUCCUCCGAAAUCGUCCCUGACCGAUCUCCUCACUCUCCCGCCCAAGAUGUAGCUCCCGUUAUUGAAACCACCCAAAUUCCCACGGAGGAGCCUUCCACGCUUAGGAGAACGCGUCCUUCACGUGCUUGUACUCUUAGGGCCCAGCAGCGGCUUCAGGAGCUACAGGCGGCUGAGAGAAAGCAUAAGCCUCCUAAGAAGGAGCAUAAACGGGAGCAGCAUCGACGUAGGGAAGAGGUGGCGGAGGAGGAGGAUGAGGAUGCGGAUGGCGAUCACCAGGAAGAUGAGGACGCUGGUGAUGAUGAGAAUAAUAAGCAGCAAUGUGCCGCUGGAGGAAGUUCUGGUAAAAUCGUUACUUCUCUUGUUCCUCCACCGGAACCUUCCCAGAUGCCGCGAUGGAAUCUUCGCUCCAUGUGGGAACUUGCUUCUGUGCUCAAUUUCUUGCAUGUAUUUCGACCGCUUUUGAAAAUCAAUGCCGAGUUUUCAGCCGAGGAGUUUGAAACGGCCCUGCUUUCUCCAAACGAUACUUUGAGUGAUAUUCAUAUUCCUCUCCUAAAGGCCAUUCCUCCUGUAACUCGAAUGGCCCUCACACGUGAUACCUGGGUCACUGUCUUGUGCCGAAAAAUAAGAGAUAGCUGGCAUUGGGUUGCAGAAGGGGACCUCCCUAUUGUUGCCUCGCAAGGGCGGGAGAUUGAAGUGUACAAGAAUCUUGAUCCAGCCAUUCGUGUGGUGAUUUUGAAAGCUUUAUGUGAUAUACGCGUUGAGCAAGAUGAUAUCAAGAGCUAUAUUGACAACUCUCUUAAAACUGGCGUGCAUCUGUCAGUUUUUCGCAAAGAUCGCGUUGGGGGUGAUUCACAUGGAGUUAAUUUUUGGUAUGAGGAUGAUCCCUUAAUUGGUCACCGCUUGUAUCGGGAAAUAAGGAAAGCAGAAGUGUUGAAGGUCAAAACAAAGGGUUCCAAGAUUCUUCCUAACAUAACAUACCAAUGGGAAACGGUUGCCACUAAUUUUGAUGAAUUCCAAGACGUUUCUGAAAAACUUCUUCAAAGUAAUAGUAGAAUUGAAGUUUCUCUAGGGAAGAAGUUAAUGAAAGAUAUGCUUCCUGAGAUAGAAAAAGAACACAAGAGAAAAGAAAAACUGCUGAAAAAGCAACACAGACAGGCUCUUCUCCUUGAUAACUUUUUGGUUGUUGACGGUCUUGGUGCUGGACGUUCUCUCCGUGAUAGGAAGCCAGUUAGAUACACUUUUGAUGAUUAUGAUAAGUCCAUAAAUGAAGCUAUCAAGAUAACAAAGAAGAAACAACCAUCACCAGAACCUCCUCUCCACAGAAGAGAAUCUGCCAGAUUGGACGCUCUUGCGAAUGGCAGAUCGACCAGUUCAACCCACCCUUCUGAGCCUGUAAACGAUACAGCAUCUGCGAGAUCUUCUGAUUUUGCUGAUUAUGAUGAUUUUGAUGAGCAGCGAGAUGAAUCUCUGGACAGAAGGCAAGACACAGUUAACAGGCGCAGACAACGACCCCAACGGUAUUCAGCUACAGACUUUGUUGAAACUGUUUCAGACAAUGAGGUAGAGUUUCAAAGUGACGACGACAUUUACGGUGAAGCAGUUUAUGAUGAAGAAUACCUGAGGAAGCGUAAACAGAAGAAGCUCUCGAGUGGUUCAGAAGGAGAUGAAGAGAAGGGAGAUGAGGAGUACAAAUGGGAUGAAGACAAUGCCGAGUAUGAGGAAGAGGAAGAAGAAGAAGAUGAAGAAGAGUCUCUAAGUGCAAGCGAAGAAGAUAGUGAUGAACCCCGGAAGGUUAAGAAAAUGCCACGAAGAGAAACUAAGCCGAGAUCAAGGUCAAAUGAUUUUCGGCCAGGCCUGAGACGUAGUAAAAGAGCCACAAGAAUCGAUUACCAACAGUAUGAGCUCUCAGAAUCUGACAAAGAAGCAACAGGAUUGGCGAAACGUAAGCGGUUGGUUGAGCCAGAUGAACAUUCUGAUGAAACAGGGAAUGGGGAAUUCACAAUGGGAAGUCAGGACUCUGAAGAAAAUGCAAAUGACCCAGAAACAAAGUCAGGUGAAGAAGUAGAAGAAGAAGAGCCUAGAGAGGUCAAUGACAAUGCAGAGACAGCAUAUGGUAAAGAGAAUAAUCAACUUAAGAAAUCAAACGGCACAAAAGACCAAGAAGAAGCUGAGGGUGUAGUAGGCAAAAGGCGUUACCUUGACUUAAACGAGCUUGCCCCUGUAUCUGGUUUUGACGAUGGUCCAAGUACAGUAUUGAAGGAUGAUGAUAAGACAGACCAUUCAUAAGCAAGACAGAGAGCCUAUCGUUGCCUCUUAAAGCACCCUCUGGUCAAUCACCAUUGUAUGAUAAGUAAGAUUUCACGAGUUAUUUCUGGCAUAAACCCCUUGCUGAGGAAAGUUAAAACGGUAAGAGACACUCCAUUGGCUUUUUCUUCAUUCAAGCAUAUCUGCCUUCUUGUUGUUGUUUUAAGUACUUCAGGCAAAUUCGGCUGAUAACUGAAGAGGUGAUUGUUGUGGAGGCCGAAGAGGUAUGUGUAGAUUAGGUUAGUCAUUUUUUUCUUACCAUGAAGAAAGAAACAAUGAAGAGGGUGAACCAGAUAUUCCUAAGAGCUGUUUAAUGUUUUUAUGGAAUUUAUCAUUAGUGUACAAGUAACUUUCUCUAACUUUUGUAUUGACCAUAAGAACACGUUUAAGGUCUCUAAGAUUUUGGUAAACGACGCAGCUUUGAGACUUGCUGAAUGUGAUUAUCAGAUUAUGGGUA